AGAUGAAGCGUCUUCUAGUCUUGUUGUUGGUGACUGCUGUCUUCGCCGAGGAGAAUAAGAUAGAAGAGAAGAAAGAGAACAAGAAGCAUGACAAGAGAGGAAUAGAAGACUUCGGUGGACACGAGUUCAGUGGUGGAGACUUUGGUGGACACGAUUUUGGAGAUCAUGGUUUUGGGGGACAUGACUUUGGGGGCCAUGACUUCGGGGGCCAUGACUUUAGUAAUCAUCACCACCACGAGGUGAAGACCAUCACGAUAGAGAAGGAGGUGAAGGUGCCGUACCCGGUCCACGUGGAGAAGAAGGUACCGUACCCUGUCAAGGUGCACGUCGAGAGGCCGGUCCCCUACCCUGUGGAGAAACCUUAUCCGGUGACUGUGGAGAAGGAUGUGCCUUACCCGGUCAAGGAGUACAUUCCUAAACCUUACCCUGUCGAGAAGAAGAUACCCUACCCUGUGAAGGUGCAUGUAGAGAGGCCAGUUCCCGUGCAUAUCCCCAAACCUUACCCCGUCUACGUAGAGAAGAAGGUGCCUUACCCUGUAGAGAAACACAUCCCUUACCCGGUAAAGGUGCAUGUCCACCGGCCUGUCCCCUAUCACGUUCCUGUUGUAAAACACGUGCCUUAUCCCGUCGAGAAGAAGGUUCCUUAUCCCGUCAAAGUGCCAGUUGAGAAGCCAGUCCCCUACCCUGUGGAGAAGCCUUACCCCGUCUACGUAGAGAAGAAAGUUCCCUACCCGGUGGAGAAGGAGGUGCCGUAUCCAGUCAAGGUUCCGGUUCACAUCCCGGUCCAUGUUCACGAUCACAAGCAUGAGGAACAUCAUUUUGGAGAACAUGAUUUUACAGGACAGGGACAUGGCCACAAAAGUUUUCACUUUGGAGGCUAUGAACUAACAUCAGCGGAGAUGAAGCGUCUUCUAGUCUUGUUGUUGGUGACUGCUAUCUUCGCCGAGGAGAAGAAGAUAGAAGAGAAGAAAGAAGAGAAGAAACAUGACAAGAGAGGAAUAGAAGACUUCAGUGGACAUGACUUCAGUGGUGGAGAAUUCGGUGGACACGAUUUUGGAGAUCACAAAUUUGGAGAUCAUGACUUCAGCAACCAUCACCAUCACGAGGUGAAGACCAUAACGAUAGAGAAGGAGGUGAAGGUGCCGUACCCAGUCCACGUGGAGAAGAAGGUACCGUACCCUGUCAAGGUGUACGUCGAGAGGCCGGUCCCAUACCAUGUGGAGAAACCUUACCCUGUGACUGUGGAGAAAAAAGUGCCUUACCCGGUCAAGGAGUACAUCCCUAAACUUUACCCUGUCGAGAAGAAGAUUCCUUACCCCGUGAAGGUGUCUGUAGUGAGACCGGUGCCCGUGCAUAUACCCAAGCCUUACCCCGUCUACGUAGAGAAGAAGGUGCCAUACCCUGUAGAGAAACACAUCCCUUACCCGGUCAAGGUGCAUGUCCCCCGGCCUGUCCCCUAUCACGUUCCUGUUAUCAAACACGUGCCUUACCCCGUUGAGAAGAAAGUUCCUUAUCCCGCCAAGGUGCCAGUUGAGAAGCUAGUCCCCUACCCUGUGGAGAAGCCUUACCCCGUCUACGUAGAGACGAAGGUUCCCUACCCGGUGGAGAAGGAGGUGCCGUAUCCAGUCAAGGUUCCGGUUCACAUCCCGGUCUAUGUCCACAAGCAUCAUGACCACGAGGAACAUCACUUCGGAGGACAUCACCACUAAGAAGAGAAGCACGGACACGAAAUUUUCCACUUUGGA